AUGGAGGAGACCCCAUUUGAACGAGAAAUGAGGACAAGAUUGGCAUUUUGGCCCGCUCCAGUAUCUCCAGAAAUUAUGACCAUAAUUUCGGCGGAUGCACAGGAGUACGUGAUGGCGCAAAGGAAUCAAGCCUUCUCACCUCAAGCAGAAACCGCUGCUGUUUCAACUGUGGGCCAGGGAAGGCCAAAAAUACCACAUCAUGCAUUUAAAACUUUUUGCGAGGAUAAAGACGAAAUAGAUGGAUUCUUGCAAGAUUUUGAAAGAUUGUGUGACUUGCAUGAUGUAGAGCAAGCUAUGUGGGUACCUUUGUUGGCAGGCAAACUGUCUGGGCGUGCAGCAGACGCCUACCGGGCUGUACCCAGAGAGGACAGCAAGAAUUAUGACAAGGUAAAGCAGGCGCUAUUAGAAAGGUAUGCCAUUACCCCAGAGGCAUACCGGCGCAAGUUCCGAGAAUUGAAAAAAGGGGACAAAGACUCACAUGCGGAGUGGGCACACAAGCUUGACCAAGCCUCACAAGGCUGGAUACAAGCCAGCAGAGCUACCACCAUGGAAGAGUUACGCCAGAUGUUGCUACUGGAGCAGUUUUGUAAUGGCCUGGCACCAGAGGCUCAAGAAUGGGUGAAUGACCGAAAUCCUCACACCCUAACCGAAGCGGCACGAUUGGCCGACCAACAUUAUGAUGCUAGGAGGCAUCAUAAAAAUAAUAACCGAGGGUAUGCAAAACCCAACCCGCAACCGUUUCCAGUUAUUGCUCCUGCCCCAGCGACAGCACCAUCCAGACCAGCACUUGUGGGACAACCUCCCCACUCCCGUUAUAAUGGCAGGUCCAACAUCCAGUGCCAUGCCUGUAAGCAAUGGGGGCACAUGGCCCGGGAGUGCACCCAAAACCGGAGCCGCAAGAACUGGAAUCAGCUCCGGCAGAAUAUGGCCCCGCGGGCAGCUGCUCAUUAUUAUCAUGCAGAGCCAACUUUGCCAGGAGUGCCGCUUGAGUCGGCUGAUGAACCCCUGGGCGUUUUGCACGAUGUAAUGUCCAUCCAUGCUACUGACAACCGACAACCACAUUGCCAGACCGUGACUCUGGAAGGGAAAGAGGUACAGGGGCUACGUGAUUCCGGCGCUACCUUAACUUUGGUUGCCCCGCAUUUGGUGUCAGGAUCAGCACAUACCGGGGGAUCGGUAGCAGUCCGGGUAGCAGGGGGUGCCAUGUACCGGCUACCAACUGCCAAGGUACAUCUGAAUUGGGGUGCGGGGGAAGGUAUGGUGGAGGUGGGGCUGAUGCACAAGUUACCAGCUGAUGUUGUUUUGGGGAAUGACCUGGGGCAAAUGACUUCCGCUUUUGUGCCCCAAAGUCCUCGCCAUGAGGCAUAUCCAGUGACCACCCGUCAGCAGGCUCGCACCACGGCUUCAUCUUCCACACACUCUGAGGCUCAGGUAAGAGACAAUGUACCCCGUGUAACCCGUGUUUCCUGGGAUACCCCGACUGACUUUGAGGCAGAGGUUAAAAACGAUCCCACGUUGCAAAUUUAUAAGGAUAAGGCGACAGCUGGUCAGACAGGUUUAGAGGGAGAACAGUAUGUAUGGGAGAAAAAUCUGUUAUAUCGUGUUGCUGAGCGGGUGGUAGGGGGGUCUGUACAUGUGACUAAUAAGCAGCUUAUAGUGCCCCAGAAAUACCGGCAGGAACUGCUUAGAAUUGCCCACGAUAUUCCGCUGUCUGGGCAUUUAGGGAUGACAAGAACGAGGUACAGAUUGACACAUGCAUUUUUCUGGCCAGGUAUAUCUAGAGAUGUGAGACAGUAUUGUCAGACAUGUGACAUUUGUCAGAGAGUGGGAAAAAGGGGUGACCGCCACAAAGCGAAAUUGUGCCCCUUCCCAUUAUUGAAGAACCCUUUAGCAGAGUAGCAGUGGAUAUAGUAGGACCACUGUCCAAGCCUAGCCCUUCCGGCAAGCGGUAUAUUCUGACCAUUGUAGAUUAUGCCACCCGGAGGCUAUAGCCCUUUCCAAUAUACAAGCAGAAACGGUAGCCGAAGCUAUGAUGAAGAUAUUUUCCAGGAUGGGAUUUCCCCAAGAGAUAAUUUCGGAUAGGGGGACCCAAUUUACAGCCGAAGUGACCCACCAGCUAUGGAAGUUAUGUGGCAUUAAGCCAAUUGUAAAUUCUGCCUAUCACCCGCAGUCCAAUGGGUUGUGUGAGCGCUUUAACGGUACCUUGAAGCAGAUGCUCAGGACAUUUGGGGAGUCCCAUAAAGACUGGGAGAGGUUUUUACCCCAUCUGCUUUUUGCGUACUGAGAAGUGCCACAGGAAUCUACCGGCUUCUCUCCGUUUGAGUUAUUGUUUGGGAGAAGGGUGAGGGGACCCCUAGACUUAAUUAGAGAACAUUGGGAGGGGGGGAGCAGUGCAGAUGGAGUCCCCAUUGUGCCAUACGUGCUGGAGUUCCGGGACCGCUUGGAGGCUCUAACCUAAACCGUACGGGAGAACCUCCGGGCGGCUCAGCGGCGACAGCGCCGGUGGUACGAUAGGGGAGCCAGAGACCGUAGCUUUCAGGUGGGACAGAAAGUUCUAAUUUUGAAACCUGUCCGCACAGAAAAGCUACAGGCCACCUGGCAGGGCCCAUACCAAGUGGUAGAACAGAGAUGUGACACCACUUAUGUGAUCGGCCCGUGCUCUGGGGUAGGGAAACGACGCAUGCUCCAUGUGAACAUGCUCAAACCCUAUCACCAGAGAAUAGAGGAGGUAGCAGCCAUUUGUGCCCAAUUACAGCGCCCUGGCCAAACCCCUGACGGACUUGACCAAGAAAAACUUGCCACGACAGGUCAACUGGGCCCCAGAGUGUGAACAGGCAUUCCAUGAACUAAAAACUGCAUUAACUAAGGCUCCUGUGUUAACUGCCCCUGAUCCAACUAAACGAUUUCUUGUUCACACAGACACUUCCAUGUUUGGAUUGGGGGCAAUACUGAGCCAAGUGGGAGCUGAUGGCGGAGAACAUCCCGUAGCUUACUUAAGCAGAAAAUUACUACCAAGGGAAGUAGGCUACGCCGCCAUCGAGAAGGAAUGCCUGGCCGUGGUGUGGGCCCUCAAAAAGUUACAACCUUAUUUGUAUGGACAACCAUUCUCCUUGCUCACAGAUCACAACCCGUUGGUGUGGCUACACAGGGUAUCAGGAGACAAUGCCCGGCUGUUGCGCUGGAGUUUGGCGCUGCAGCCGUUUGAUUUCACGAUCCAUUAUCGCCCUGGAAAACAGAAUGGUAACGCCGAUGGGUUGUCCAGACAGACAGAACUUGAGAAAUGAUCUGUGAGCACUCCCCCGGACAUCCCCAAGCCGAUCCGUUGGGAUCAGACUGUGUAUGCCGGCUUGGUUUUGGGGAGCAUUGUGGCAAACCUAGCCACUUGGGACUGCCUAAGAUAGAAUGGUUGUGCCUAUUUUCUGUUGUGUACUGCGCGCCGGUAUAGUGUGGCGUCUCCGGCUAUGUUUAAUUUAUGCUGUACUGUGUAUGUCUGUUCGAAUCCUCCCCAUUCGUUAGCAUUGCUAUUAAAACUGACUAAGUUGUAUAUUUUGAAGUAGAAAGGUAACGGUUUAUGUCCUCGUGGUUUUCAUUACUGUAUGUUACAGCAGGGGCUGUUGGGAGGAGGACCUGGAAACGGUAGUCUCCCUCCAGUCCCCUCAACCAAAACCCCUGCUGCCCAUCUUUGGAAACCCCUGUUGAGUGACCUGCUUUAAAUAUCAGUUAUUUUUAAUAAAGUGACAGUUGAGUGACCUGCUUUAAAUAUCAGUCUUUUUGAAUAAAGUGGCAGUUGACUCUCAGACUGUGUUUCGUCUGGUUCUUGGGAGGAUUUGGGAAUAUUGCCUGCUUCCAGCUUUGUACUUGGAUAUUGCAUUCUACCAGCAGAUAUCCUGGGAUUAUAAAAUUGCAGCUCCGCAACACACUUGUUUUAACAUUGAUCUGGCGUUAUUACAGGAGAGAUUUGUGAAAUGGAUACUAAGAAGACUUCUAAUAAAUCUGUUUAUCCUCAGAGUAAACACUAUGUGCUCGUGCAGAAAUAAAACACAUGACCGUGAGACCAAGCCAUUAACAGUGUUGGAUUUCCCUACUGAGAAUUAUUUUUAAACAAUUUUAUUUCUGUUUACGUGUCAGUCACUUAGGAGAAUCCAUUCAUCCUCAGAUAGGUGCCCUCUUAUAUUAGAUUGGACCACUAAAACUCGCAUACAAUUCUCACCAAACAAACAUCAGCUGAUCGACUCAGCAAUACAGAAACACAAAGGGCAGCAGAGUAGAAGACAUGAGAGCGGCUAUGUGUGGUGUAUUGUUACAUGUUAUCAGUGGUUACAUUGACAGUGACAGCUGUUUAAUUGAGGAGAGAUAAUCCAGAACAGUUUCAAUCGGACAUGGUCACAUCUCAAUCCGGUGAUUAGUUUCAGGCUGGUCACGGCUAAGCGACCGUCUGUAAGUGGAGUCACCUGUGGCCUUGGAAAAGUGGGCUCUCCCAGGCUCAUAUUUAUUGGUUCUUGGUAGUGACCUUCUGUACCUUCCCUCCAAAUAACGUGUUGGUAGUGACCCUCUGUACCUCUAAAAAAAAGUGUUAAAGCAGUGGGUAAACUUGAUCUGGCAGGUAAGGCCGAGCCGGAGUUCCAGAGAAUCAGGGAAACGUCACCCGGAAGGCAUAGCGGUUCUGGCAUCACAGGGUACUGUGUGCGGUUAAGAUGGGCGAGUGCUCUGAUGGAAUAAAUGGGAGGGAGAUGGAAGAGAGCCAAGAAGUGAUUUUGAGGUCUAGUAUAACAGAGUCCUGCACCAAUAAUACAAGAAAUAUGCAGGCUCUGCCACACAUUUAGCCUCCUGCCCAUGCUACAAUAUCUGGAUUUAGAUGUUCACUUUAAACAUCCUCUUGAUUCUCAAGGAAGGAAUACAUCUUGCUCCGGAGAUGGGUGAACAUGGGGAUGGCCUGUCCCUGACCGGCAGUGACUAAUUCAAAUUCUAUGGGUUAAACCUACGUGGUUCAAGGAUUACCGCUAGCUGUUUGUGUGUCAGGGCUUGUUGCUGUUAUGUAUUUCAUUUGACUUUUAAACUCUCUAUGUGUGGGGGUUUGUGUUUAACUGCAUUUUUGUUCAAGGUUGGAACUAAUAAAUAUCAUAAUAAUUAUGUCUGCUAGAAUAACUCUCUUUCAGUCAAAGCCCGAAAACAAUAUAUUUUACAUCAAAAAAGCGGAUAAGGCAGAGAAUUUCAUCUCUACAUUGCUUUCUGCAACUGUGCAAAGCUGUGCAGUCUGCCAACGAGGGCACCUGUCCUGCGUUUACCAAAAAUGAAAUAGGCUCAGUCUGCUUUGUAAGUGGUUUUGCUCAGCAGGCUCACAAUAACUGAGGCUGCAGUAGCCGCAUAGCUCAGUGGUGGUGUGGAGGAAACAUGCCCCUGCUCUGGAUUUACAUUUACAUUUACGUCUUUUCUCAUUGUAAUUUUUUUCUUUUUUGUUAUUUUAAAGGAGGGUCGCAGCUCACACCAUUGGCCAAGCCCCUUGUACAUCAUGUCACAGAACUGAGCUGAUUUGGCUCAUAGAUUGCACUCACGACCCCCCCCCCCCCUUCCCUUUGUGUGCUGCAAGCGCUGUCUAUGUCUAUGCCACGCGCACAUUAGACCUCCCCAUACUAAAGCAUUGAAUCAGUGCUUUCCUAUGGGGAAAAUCUUAUGCUGGAGGUCCUCAUGCAGAGCGUCAGAUAACGGACCAAAAGUCCAUUUGGAUUCUGGAAGUGCAGACAGCCACUGAGUGCAGACUUAGAGCUGCAAUGUUUAACAUUGCAGCACUAAGUGCAAAAGGUACACUGCACCCAGACUACUUCAAUGAGCUCAAGUGGUCUGGGUGCAUACAGUGUCCCUUUAAGGAAUCCUGGGGAGUACGAAGAAAAAUCAUAAUUGGUAAUAUCACUUGGUUACGUUUUCCUGUCACUGUAGAAUACUGCAGUGCCCACCUUCCUCCCAUCCCAUGUUGCUUAAGGGGUUAAACCCCUUCAGUGACUUACCUGAAUCCAGUGAUAGCAUUAACGUUGGUCUAUUUAUGAAAAUCAGAACAAUAAGAUGUAGUGCUUUUCGUAUUUAGAGUGUCUCUUUAUGUAUGCUUUUCUUUAACCCAUUAAGGACCAAACUUCUGGAAUAAAAGGGAAUCAUGUCAUGUGUCCUUAAGGGGUUAAGCUCAGUCUCAGAUUUCAAGAUAGCAGUAGCAUUUUAUAUUCCUACAUAAUGUCAAAUCUCCUAAUGUAGAACCAUUUCUUUUCAAUAGAUUGCUCCGUAGACCGAAAUAAAACCAGUGAAUCCUAUACUUCAGUUUGUUCUCUGGAUUAUGUAACCGAAGAUUAUAAAAUCAAUCAAAUAAAUAAAAAUAAACUAUGUGGCCAGUCAUGAAACCACAGAAUCUGAGGUGGAACAGAUUAGUGACAUUAAUACGCCCAUAGAACAUAUAGAUACUGAAAAUCCAUCCACUCAUAUUAAAGAGGAAUCCGUCUCAAGGGAAGAAGUAACUCUCCCAGACACAGACGUCUAUACACCCACAGAAGAUGCACAGAUAGAAGAUCCAUCUACUCAUAUUAAGGAGGAACCAGUCUCAUGGCAAGAUGGAAAUCUCACAGACACAGACGUCUAUACACCCACAGAAGAUUCACAGAUAGAAGAUCCAUCUACUCAUAUUAAGGAGGAACCGGUCUCAUGGCAAGAUGGAAAUCUCCCAGACACAGAUGUCUAUACACCCACAGAAGAUGCACAGAUAGAAGAUCCAUCUACUCAUAUUAAGGAGGAACCGGUCUCAUGGCAAGAUGGAAAUCUCCCAGACACAGAUGUCUAUACACCCACAGAAGAUGCACAGAUAGAAGAUCCAUCUACUCAUAUUAAGGAGGAACCGGUCUCAUGGCAAGAUGGAAAUCUCCCAGACACAGAUGUCUAUACACCCACAGAAGAUGCACAGAUAGAAGAUCCAUCUACUCAUAUUAAGGAGGAACCAGUCUCAUGGCAAGAUGGAAAUCUCACAGACACAGACGUCUAUACACCCACAGAAGAUGCACAGAUAGAAGAUCCAUCUACUCAUAUUAAGGAGGAACCGGUCUCAUGGCAAGAUGGAAAUCUCCCAGACACAGAUGUCUAUACACCCACAGAAGAUUCACAGAUAGAAGAUCCAUCUACUCAUAUUAAGGAGGAACCGGUCUCAUGGCAAGAUGGAAAUCUCCCAGACACAGAUGUCUAUACACCCACAGAAGAUGCACAGAUAGAAGAUCCAUCUACUCAUAUUAAGGAGGAACCGGUCUCAUGGCAAGAUGGAAAUCUCCCAGACACAGAUGUCUAUACACCCACAGAAGAUGCACAGAUAGAAGAUCCAUCUACUCAUAUUAAGGAGGAACCGGUCUCAUGGCAAGAUGGAAAUGUCACAGACACAGAUGUCUAUACACCCACAGAAGAUGCACAGAUAGAAGAUCCAUCUACUCAUAUUAAGGAGGAACCAGUCUCAUGGCAAGAUGGAAAUCUCACAGACACAGACGUCUAUACACCCACAGAAGAUGCACAGAUAGAAGAUCCAUCUACUCAUAUUAAGGAGGAACCGGUCUCAUGGCAAGAUGGAAAUCUCCCAGACACAGAUGUCUAUACACCCACAGAAGAUGCACAGAUAGAAGAUCCAUCUACUCAUAUUAAGGAGGAACCGGUCUCAUGGCAAGAUGGAAAUCUCCCAGACACAGAUGUCUAUACACCCACAGAAGAUGCACAGAUAGAAGAUCCAUCUACUCAUAUUAAGGAGGAAUCGGUCUCAUG